UACAGUGAAAGAAGAGGAAUCUUUUAGACUGAAAGAGGAAGAGGGGAUAGAGACUGUCACAGUGGAAGUAGAAGUUUUCAGAAUGAAAAAGGAGGAAGAGGAGGAUGUUACAGUGAAAGAAGAGGAAUCUUUUAGACGGAAAGAGGAAGACGGGAUAGAGACUGUCACAGUGGAAGAAGAGGAAGUAGAAGUUUUCAGAAUGAAAAAGGAGGAAGAGGAGGAUGUUACAGUGAAAGAAGAGGAAUCUUUUAGACUGAAAGAGGAAGAGGGGAUAGAGACUGUCACAGUGGAAGUAGAAGUUUUCAGAAUGAAAAAGGAGGAAGAGGAGGAUGUUACAGUGAAAGAAGAGGAAUCUUUUAGACGGAAAGAGGAAGAGGGGAUAGAGACUGUCACAGUGGAAGAAGAGGAAGUAGAAGUUUUCAGAAUGAAAAAGGAGGAAGAGGAGGCCAUAACAUUGAAAGAAGAAGAGGAGGAUGUUACAGUGAAAGAACCUUUUGGAGUGGAAGAGGAAGCUAUCUUACGUAAAGAGGAGGAGGAAGACGUAUUGGGAGAUGAAGAGGAGGUGGAAGGAGAGGAAGAGGAAGCUAUCUUACGUAAAGAGGAGGAGGAAGACGUAUUGGGAGAUGAAGAUGAGGUGGAAGGAGAGGAAGAGGAAGCUAUCUUACGUAAAGAGGAGGAGGAAGACGUAUUGGGAGAUGAAGAGGAGGUGGAAGGAGAGGAAGAGGAGACUGAAGAUCUGAUUAACACCAGAGAUAAACCAGACUCUCACUCUGACAGCGGGAAGAGUCCUUCAGGGGAUCCAGACCCAGAGAUUCCCAAACCAGCGACACACAACUGCUCCCAGUGUGGAAAGAGUUUUAAGUGGUUAUGUAAGCUCAAAGAGCAUGAGAGAACACACACAGGAGAAAAGCUCUUCCAAUGCUCCCAUUGUGAAAAGAGAUUUAACCAGUCAUCACAUCUGAAAGAGCAUGAGAGAAUACACACAGGAGAGAAGCCUUUCCAAUGCUCCCAGUGUGGAACGAAAUUUACACGGUUAAGGCACCUGAAAGAGCAUGAGAGGAUACACACAGGAGAGAAGCCUUUCCAAUGCUCCCAGUGUGGAAAGGGUUUUACACGGUUAGGGAACCUGAAAGAACAUGAAAUAAUACACACGGGAGAGAGGCCUUACCAUUGCUCCCAAUGUGGAAAGAGUUUUACCCGAUUAGGGCACCUAAAAAUACAUGAGAGAAUACAUUCUGGAGUAAAGCCUUACCUUUGUUCCCAGUGUGGAAAGAAUUUUAGGUGGUUAGAGAACCUGAAGCAGCAUGAAAAGACUCACACAGGGGAGAAGCCUUACCAUUGCUCUUACUGUGGAAAGGAUUUUACCACAUUAGGGAAUGUAAAAGAGCAUGAGAUGAAACACACAGGAGAAAAACCUUUCCAAUGUUCCAAGUGUGGAAAAAGUUUUACACAUUUAGGAAGUCUGAAAAGGCAUGAAGCAAUACACACAGGAGAAAAACCCUACAACUGCUCUCAGUGUGGAAAGUGUUUUCCCCAGUUAGGGUAUCUGAAAAAACAUGAGAAAAUACACACUGGAGAUAAGCCUUACCACUGUCCCCACUGUGGAAAGAGUUUUACCCGGAUAGGGAGCCUUAAAGAGCAUAAGAGGAUACACACAGGCGAAAAGCCUUUCCAAUGUUUCCAGUGUGGAAUGAGUUUUACCCAUUUAGUGAGCCUGAAAAAUCAUGAAGGAAUACACACAGGCGUGGAGAAGACCUACCACUGCUCUCAGUGUGGAAAGAGUUUUACCCACUUAGGGAACCUGAACAAACAUAAGCGAAUACACUCUGGAGAGAAGCCUUACCCCUGUUCCCAAUGUGGAAAUAAUUUUAGAUGGUUAGGAGACCUGAAGGAACACGAGAAGACACACACGGGGGAGAAACCUUACCACUGCUCCAUGUGCGGAAAGGAUUUUGCCAAGUUAGGGAACCUAAAAGAGCAUAAGAAGAAACACACAGGAGAAAAGCCUUACCAAUGCUCCCUGUGUGGAAAGACUUUUACCCAGUUAGGGGGCCUGAAAUAUCACGAGAGGACGCACACAGAAAAAAAGACCUACCACUGCUCUCAGUGUAAAAAGAUAUUUACCCGGUUAGGGAACCUGAAAAAGCAUGAGAGAAUACACACACUCAGGUGAGGAUACGACCGUCUAUUGAUCCCAAUGUGGAAAGAGUUUAGUUCAGUUAGGGAACCCGAAAGAGCAUGAAACACAAAUACAGUAGAGAAGCCUUACUACUGCUCUAAUUACGGAAAGACAUUUUCACCGUCAGAGGACCUGAAAUCAAAUGAUAGA